CGAACAGCCCGCAAUAAAUGCAGGGCUGAAGAAAUCUCAGUUCCCGCUCAGCUUCCGCCGCGGGAAGACGCCGUGCCGUGCUAGCUCCACUACUCAGAUUAAAUGUAUCUAAAUAUAGAUAAUUAUAACUAAUUCAAAAGUGUUGUCGUUUUCAUUACAAAACUUGCAGAGCCUUCUGGAAUAAGCUGCUUGGGAUGAGAUGCGAACAAUGACCUGAAUGCAAAAUAUUUCGACCAAGGAAAAAGGCUAUUAGAUAAUGCAAUAUGUUGUCACGUUUUCUGAACAAAUUAUUUAGUCAAACCAACGUCACUGAAAAUCCACAGCUGAAGGUGCUUUAUACACGUUAUGAAGAGUGUUUUGUCUCAAAUGAGACUCACAAUACAAUAGUUCAGUCGGAAUACGACGAAAAUGCUCCACGGUGCCCGAAAACGUUCGACGGUUUUUCAUGUUGGGACGAAACUCCGUCCAACACAACGGUUGUACAAAAUUGUCCAGAAUUAAUAAAUGGAUUCGACCCAAGCCGAACUGCUUUUAAAGAGUGUUUGGAGAACGGAACUUGGCUCGAGCAUCCGGAGAGCAAGAAAGUAUGGACCAAUUACACGACAUGCAUUGACUACGAUGAUCUGCGUUUUCGCAACGUGAUCAACAACAUGUAUGUCGGUGGCUACGCGAUCUCAUUGAUCGCUCUGAUCCUGUCUCUGAUGAUAUUCGUUUUUCUCAGGCAUUUUCAAUAUAAGCGGACGCGAAUCCAUGCCAAUCUAUUCAUUUCGUUCAUCCUCAACAACAUCAUGUGGAUCGUCUGGUAUAAAACUGUUGUGGACUACAUCGAAGUGGUACAAGAAAACACGAUUUGGUGUCAAUCCCUUCACAUCUUGACCUAUUAUCACAUGAUGACGAGCUACAUGUGGAUGUUCUGCGAAGGCCUACACCUGCAUGUUGGACUGGUGUCUAUAAAUGAAUAUAUCUCAGUACGCUCAUACUGUGCCAUCGGGUGGGCCAUCCCAGCUCUGGUUGUCGCUCUAUAUACUGGUGUUCGUAUGCAACUCCGUUAUGGAACAGAACGAUGCUGGAUGGAUCAAAGCCACGCUCUCUGGAUCAUCGUCAUCGCAGUUGUGAUUAUACUCACACUUUCCUUCCUAUUUCUGGUGAACGUUAUUCGAGUUCUGUUAAAAAAGAUGCAACCGCCCGCCUCAAAUCAGCCGAAUGAAGCCGCCAAGAAAGCUGCCCGGGCCACUGCCACUUUGGUUAUAUAUUUCAUGAUUCCGCUGUACGGACUGCAUUUCAUCUUGAUCCCAUUUCAACGAGCUCCGGAAUCUAUUGGCGAGAAAAUAUACCAAGUUGUUUCAGCGUUGCUCACAAGCUUGCAGGGACUCUGUGUUUCUAUUUUGUUUUGUUUUACAAAUAACGACGUAAAGACAGCCCUUACAAAUUACUUGGCACGGUACAAGCGAAAAACCGAAGCUAUCCAGAUGACUGGUAUCACCACUGGAGAAAGCGCUGUGAAUCCAAAUGCCGCCUAGCAACGCCAACGCCUUAUACAUUUUAUGGAAACGUUCAUUUAAAUCAGUCAGUGAACACCGUUGGUCGUCUAAUAUAACAUAGUACUUCACAAACAGAGGUACAGAACAACAUAAGUCUAAUUACUAUAAGUAGAAUUAUUUUGUCGGUGCAGUUUGGGUCAUAAAACAUAGCCCGGCUAGGGCGUUGAGCAUGUUGCGCGGGCGCAACGCCAUUAUCGAUAAAAACAAAUGAAUCAUCGAAGGCAGGUACACGGUGGUAUACGAAAGGUGGUGAGACAUUGUUAUGCUAAGAGUCAUUUGUACUUACUUACCUGCAAAUUAUAGUACAUUAUGUUGAAGUGUUUUUAUGCAUUCGUUCUCUGGAUUUCUUUAGUGACACAAUGGCUACUCCUUUUGGCUAUCAAAACGGCAGAAUUUAUUCAAAAUAUUGUUUGCACGUGUUAUCAACAAUGUGUUAAAAAAAUUCACUGAAAUAAGAAUAGAUACCGAAAAAUUACAAAGUGUUAAUUUCUGCCGUUCUCGUUAAGUUGCUGCGGUGAUAUGUGGUGUAAAUGUUCCAUUAGUGAUUUUUUCUUUUUUAUCACUAACCUACAAAAUGACAAAAUUAAAUAAACUAUCGAUAACGCUUAUCGAUAACAAUAAUGCGCAUCACUAUGCCCGUCCAUAAGGCUCGUGAGUGGAAGAGAGAGCGAAAUACUGGCUUCACCGCUCCGAUUUUUUAUGACCCAAACUGCACGGACAAAAUAAUUCUACUAUAGUAGUUAAUUUGCGUAGUCAAGUGCACGCGUAUAAGACGACUUUCAGGUUCCUGUGAACGUAUUUACCAAAAAUGUAAAAGGCAAAGUGUAUUCAAUACACGUGUUGUUAUAAUAUACGGACUUCGAAACGACGACUUUGCAAUUCUCAAGGACAACCUAGUUAAGACAUUAUUGAUAUUAUAUCCACCACUAUUAAAUGCACUUUGGAGUGUAUAAUAAAUUAUAUUAGCACUAAAAUUUGAAAUUAGUUAUAAUUUGAGAUCAAUAUAUGUCAAUCUUUUAUCGAAAACGGAUUUACGUAGUGACUAGGAUACGACUAAUUAUCCUGAGUAAGAUAUGUAAUAAUAACAUUUAACUAAGUUUUAUUGAAGUUAUUAAAUAUCAACGUAUUAUUGACAACUUAUAUUAUUUACGAAGUUGAGGUAAUGUUUUAAUAUUAAAUAAUCAAUUUGUCUCAUUCAACAGUUCAAUAAUAAUCACAAAUGUAAUCAAAGUAUUUAACAUUAUAAAAAUUAACGUUUUAAAAUUAUUACUUACAAAUUCAUGUUUAUCUUAUUCAGUAUUAUAAUGACAAAUAUAGUCAAAGUAUUUAACAUAUUAUUGUAAAAAUUAAGGUUUUAAAAUUAUUACUUACAAAUUCAUGUUUAUCUUAUUCAGUGUAAUGAUGACAAAUGUAGUCAAAGUAUUUAACAUAUUAUUAUAAAAAUUAAAAUUUUAAAAUUAUUACUUACAAAUUCAUGUUUAUCUUAUUCAGUGUUAUGAUGACAAAUAUAGUCAAAGUAUUUAACAUAUUAUUGUAAAAAUUAAGGUUUUAAAAUUAUUACUUACAAAUUCAUGUUUAUCUUAUUCAGUGUUAUGAUGACAAAUAUAGUCAAAGUAUGUAACAUAUUAUUGUAAAAAUUAAGGUUUUCAUGUUUAUCUUAUUCAGUGUUAUGAUGACAAAUGUAGUCGAAGUAUUUAACAUAUUAUUAUAAAAAUUAAGGUUUUAAAAUGAUUAACCAGUAUUAUAAUUAAUUUUUAUCUUGUUCAGUGUGAGGAUUAUAAAUGCAAUCAAAACAUUGACAUUAUCAAAAUUAACGUUUUAAAAUUAUUACUUACUAAUUCAUGUUUAGCUUAUUUAAUUUUAGUAUGAUGUUAAUGUUAGUUUAAUAAAUGGGAUAUUUGUGAUGAAA